GUCAAGUUUCGCUCCUACCUGUCCAACACGGUGCUCGAUGCCUGUUUGGCAAUGGGCUGGGCCCAGACCGCGGACGACAACUGGGAUCUCUUCUGGUGUGAUACUACCUGGGCCCGCGAAACAUAUGUCCCUAGCAACUUUCCCGAACACUGCAAGAUUUGCCACUUUCCCCAGCACUACGAGCUUACCCGAAAGGAUUUCAUGGCCAAGAACCUGAAGGAUCUGCAGCGGCGUGUGGCCAAGAAUCCCGAGCUGCGCGAUGACUACAUCGACACAACGUUCAUGCCGGCCACAUACUGGCUACCACAUGACUAUGGCAUUUUUGUCGAGGCCUUUCGACGCCAGCCAGGUUCUGUCUGGAUCAUGAAGCCCGUGGGGAGCGCUCAAGGCAAGGGCAUCUUCCUCAUCAAAAAGCUAAGCGAGAUCCUAGCCUUCAAAAAGGACACACGCUUCCAGGCACCCUCCACCGCUGCCAAUGAAGCGCCGCCCCAGCAGUCGUAUAUUGUCCAGCGGUAUCUUGACGACCCUUACCUCAUUGGCGGGAAGAAGUUUGAUCUUCGCCUGUAUGUGUUGGUCACAGCCUAUCAGCCGCUUGAGUGCUGGACCUACCGCGAGGGCUUUGCGCGCUUUUCUGGAUUCCCCUUCUCCAUGGAAGACAUUUCCAACAGUCAGGUUCACCUUACCAACGUGGCUGUGCAAAAAAAGGCCGAGGGAUACGACGAGGCCAAGGGGUGCAAAUGGCUGAUGACACAGGUGUGCCGUUUUCUCGAGGCUGCCCAUGGCCAUGAAGCCGUUCAGACUAUGGUACAAGACAUCACCAAGCUGGCUGUGACCUCAUUGCGGGCGGUACAAGCACGUGUUCCCGUGCAAAAGCACUGCUUUGAGCUAUAUGGCUUUGACGUCUUGUUGGAUGCGCGUCUCAAACCUUGGCUCAUUGAAGUCAACGCCUCUCCGAGCUUGACCGCGGACACAGAGACUGACUACCACCUCAAGUGUAAUAUGUUGCAGGACGCCUUUCAUGUGCUGGACAUUGAGCAUAGGCGAACUCUCAAAGAACGACGUGUGGGCAACUUUGACUUGACCUGGCAAAACGGACCCGUG